GCAUGAUUGUGACAGACGUCACAUCGACUUGAUCUACCCCAGCUUUGCACCCGACGACCAUAUCGUUGGUCAACCGCUCAUAGGCGCCGCUCAAUAUCUCGCGAAGCGUGCACAGGACCGCGAUGGUCGAUAAUCUCCCCCCGGAGCUCCUCACUCAAAUCCUUCUGGCUUGCCUCCCCGAGAACUGGGGCAGCUUACGACCCUUCUCGUCCAUACUCUCUGUCAGCCAUGUUUGCCGCUACUGGCGCGAAAUAUGCUUGAGCACACCGGAGAUGUGGCAGCGCGUUACGUACGACGCCAACGACGUAGGCUCCAGGUGGCGUUCGGACGAGAUCGAACCUCUGCGCGAAUACUUGCGGCGGUCGGCGGGAGCGCCGCUGACCAUCGCGAUGUACACGGGCGACAUGGGCUUGCACGAUGAACCGAAGCUCUCCGGGCGCGAGAGCCAGAUCGCAGAUCUCUGGCGCCUGAUCUUCGCCGAGUCUUCGCGCUGGACCGUUGCGCAUCUCGUGCGAGACGGUCGCGUACGGAUACCUGUCUCGUACCAGGACGCCCUUGACGUGCUGAUGCUCGAGGAGCUUCGCUUAACUUGCAUCAGAAACUCUGCGUGGAGCUACGCCCUCGAUCCCUCCAUCACCUUUCGCUGGCUCGCGAAUGCCCCUGCCCUCCGCCGCCUGAGCCUCAGUGAGCCGUUUGUGCCGUCCCAGACGCAGGCGCCCUGGGCACAGCUCACGCACCUCAGUCUCGACCUGGAUGAACUGGCAUCGCUGCAUGAGUGCGUCACCGUCCUCCCGCGCUGUAUCGCGGUCGAGAGGCUCAUGCUCAGCGUGAACACGGCGAAGUGGAACGAGAGGUUCCCCGUCGUAGACGUUCCAUCGCUGCACACGCUCACGCUCUGUAGUGAUGCGAUAUACCUGCUGUGCUAUAUUCGCGUACCUAAUCUCACGCGGCUCGCGCUACUCACCGAGGGUCUGUUCACCGUGCGCCACUACGACGCAUUUGCGAUGCUCGCUCAGCGAGAGACACUGGAGAGCCUGCGAUCGUUGACCAUCCAGCAGCCGCUCCGCUACCCCCAGCGACUGGAGCAGAUGUUGGAUACCAUCCCCGGGCUUAUCCAUCUGGAAAUCAAGGAUAAAUGCUUUCCUCAGAUCCAUCCCAUAUCCGAGCUGCCUUCAACAUUCAGAGCCAUCGGCAAAGCUCGGAACCUAGAGUCCUUGUCGCUGCAGCUCUGCAUGUUCGGUUGGCUUUUUCCAGAUGUGGUCCAGCUACUCGACCAGCAGAUAUCUCAAUUACCCCAAUUGAAGAGCCUGCACCUCUGGGGCGUUCCAGAAGCCAAACGACUCGCCAAGGCUGGAGAAUACAAGGAUUGGAUCGAUGGACUACGAGAACGUGGUGUUCACGUGCGGAGCGAUGAGGACUGUAUGCAGGAGGCCGGUCGUUUUCACAGUUAUGGGAAUAGAACUACGGACUAGGUAGGAAUUGACGUCACCAAAGUAGAUGUUCGCAGACUGCUCUUGUAAACAUGGUGCAUCAUUGAUUAUAAAACAUAUCACUGCAUUCGAUCCUCUACAAGCGCGCCCCAGC